CAUAUGUCUCAACGCUCUGACUUGGAACGGCGCAACUUCUUCAACAGCGGAAACGAAGGAUCCAAAACACGUCAAAACAUUCCCCAGUGAAGAGAGUUCGGCUCUCACGACUCACAUCUGCUAUUGAGUACUGUAGGCGAGUGAUGAGAUACGGUCCGCUGUCCUCCGUUGUGUUGUCUGUUGUCCGCCGUCUGCUGUCUCAUCCUGUCUACUUGCUGUCCUCCGUAUUUCAUAAAAACAAAACUAUACAUAUGUUGAGGUACAGGAAGAAGCACAACGCACCGCUCCUGUGUCAGGCCGGCAGCUUUAUGCAAGCUGGGCGUUUGGGGAUCUUCACACCCUGCACAACAGUGCCGUCCGUGUUCACAAACUCUUCGGACGAACCUUGCCCACCAAACUCGACAUCGCAUCGCAUUACUACGGCGUUGGACCACAACUCUUCACAGCUGCGCCUCGGGCAAUUGGUGACGGUGCGGAGAGAAACGGCGGCCGGUUGGUGGCAUCGACAUUGCGCACAGAUGGUCCUCAGACGUUGAGAAGCAGGAGAAGCGGUUCGUGCUGACUGGCAGCUCGAGAAAGCGAGCAGGGAGGUUCACCACAUCCAUGCACCUCGUUGCACUGGCUCGAAUGUUUUGUUUCUCUCCACCCACGACUCAAGCAGCUUUGCGUUCACCUCCACACCUGGCCGAUCUCCCACAGAAAUUUUCUGCGAGAUGAGCUCCUAUGGCUCAUUUCAUGCCUCUGGAGGGGUCUUUGCUCCCUUGUUCAUUUCCCAUGUACCG